AUGACAGAUCUAGAGAAGAUCUUCAUGGAAGAGUGGGACAAAAUACCUGCUAUAGUGUGGGCAAACCUGGUCAAGAACUACAGGAAACGUUUGACCUCUAGAAGUCACACAGGUGAGAAGCCGUAUUCCUGUUCUGAGUGUGAGAAAUGUUUUGCAUCUAAAUCAGAACUUGCUAAACAUCAGAGAAGUCACACAGGUGAGAAGCCACAUCAGAGAAGUCACACAGGUGAGAAGCUGUAUUCCUGUUCUGAGUGUGGGAAACGUUUUACAUGUAAAGCAAAUCUUGUUAGACAUCAGAGAAGUCACACAGGUGAGAAGCCGUAUUCCUGUUCUGAAAGUCACACAGGUGAGACGCCAUUUCCAUGUUCUGAGUGUGGGAAAUGUUUUGCUAAGAAAAAAGCUCUUGUUAUACAUCGGAGAAGUCACACAGGUGAGAAGCCAUUUCCGUGUUCUGAGUGUAGGAAAUGUUUUUCAUUGAAAGCAAAUCUUGUUAGACAUCAGAGAAGUCACACAGGUGAGAAGCCGUAUUCCUGUUCUGAGAAAUGUUUUACAAGGAAAUCAGCUCUUGUUAGUCAUGAGAGAAGUCAGACAGGUGAGAAGCCGUAUUCCUGUUCUGAGUGUGGGAAAUGUUUUGCACGGAAAUCCGUUCUUGUUAAACAUCAGCGAUUUCACAGUGGCAGCCCUUUGGAUCUCAUAUUGAGUCAACAGCAACAGAUUCCAAAUGCAAAUGUCAUACCUGGUAUCUACUCCUGA